CAGUGCACCCCCUGGAGUGCGAAGUCGUGCUGCACGGCGAACGUCAGCAAGGCCGCCCACGAGGACCAAUCCUACUUGUACAACUUCAACUGGAACCACUGCGGGGUGAUGAGUGAGACGUGUCGGCAGCACUUCAUCCAUGACACCUGCUUCUACGAGUGCUCCCCCAACCUGGGGCCCUGGAUCAAGUGGGUGGACCAGAGCUGGAGGAAGGAGCGGAUAGUGGACGUCCCACUGUGUGUGGAGGACUGUGAGACCUGGUACCAGGACUGCAGCGAGGACUACACCUGUAUGGAGAACUGGCACAAGGGCUGGGACUGGAGCACCGGGACGAACAGGUGUCCGGCCGGGAAGAGCUGCCGCAAGCUCACCGCCGUCUUUCCCUCCGCCAUGGAUUUCUGCGAGAAGGUCUGGAGCAACUCCUACAAGUACACCACGCACAAGCGCAGCAGCGGGCUCUGCAUGCAGAUAUGGUUCGAGGGCGAAAACCCCAACGUGGCCGUGGCCAAGUACUACGCCGACCGCCUCAACUCCGCUCAAACCCCGCGCCCGCUGUCGCUGCUGGCCCUCCUGGGGCCUCUCUGCGUCUUCUGGGCCUGGUAA